AUGCCCGUCCAUCCAGGCUACUACAUCGGUUGCGACACAGUGACCAACCUCGACCCCGAGUCUGCUCCCUGCCCGGAGGGCAUGUUCCAACUAUACAUGUUUGUGCCGGUCACCGGGGUUUUCCUCACCCUGGAGGCUCUUCUAGACGCCAUGCUUUCAGAUGUGAAAGCGGGCGAGGGAUCCGCCGCUUCCAACAUGGAUGCGCGUGUGGGAGGGGUCUGGUUCCGGUUCAAUGUGACCGAAGAGGGACUUGACGGGCCCCUACUGCACCUGGAAGCGAUGGCGGAGCUGAAGGUGCGGAUCCUGCGUUUGAUAGAUUUUGCAUAA